AUGUACUUAUUCUUCCAGGAAGAUAUUGCUGUUGGGUACCCGUACGUAGUGGUCCAAUUUUUGCAGUUACCACAUGCAGAUAUUGGUGACUACAGUUGUGUGCCUCACUCUUGGAUACGAGGCCGCAGAGCGACAGAUAGAAAGAGCCUAAUUGCAUAUCCCGAUGAAUCUCCAUCGAUAACUAAACUGCGAAUUAUGAACGGCGAUGAACCUUCGGAAAAAUGGAAACUCUACAUGGCAAUUAUAAAAUUUGAAUCACAUUCAUAUGAGAAUGCUUGUGAGUUCAUUAUGAAGAAAAUUUAUAAUGCUUCUAAAAAUAGAUAUUCGGACGUAAUGAGAAUCGAUUAUAAACUUUUGCCAGCUACAACAACAAAACGAUCCAGUCCGCCACUGAAAAUAAUCAAGCUGCCAGACCGUCAAUCAAAAAAGAUUAGAAAUAAACUGAAUGUAGUAGUAAUGAAGAAACCUUAUGAAAGAAAACACCAAGAUCAAGCCUUUCGUGAUGUUCGAUCAAGUUCUGAGGAUUUGUUACUCAGAUAUCCCUAUAUUCAGCAAAUACCGGAAAAGGAUAACGAAACCGAAGUUGAUAUUCUGGGAGCUGGCUCUCGAAGCACGGGGAAAACAUUUUAUACUUCAAAGGAUCCUCUCACGUUUGUAAACCAAAUCUGUAACUAUUAUCAGAAACCACAAGAAAACCAAUCAUUGUCAAUUCAUCGUAAACAUUUACAUCACCUUGCAUUGACUCGAGGAAUACAAAACAAAAGGAUUCCAAAUCUACGAACCUUUACUUUUGAUCUUUCAGAACCUCUGAUCCAGGACCCAGAGAUCGGAUCAAAUACUUCGUUUGUCAUUCAAAACCCUACUAACGUAGCUAACCAGUUCAGUCAACUAGAGAUUUCAGAGUCAUCACUAGUUAUUCAAGAGCAUCCACAAGUUUUGCCGAAACAGAAGACACGUUCCUCAGAAGUGGAGUGUGCUACUUCCGAACCUACCACACAUAGUAAAAUGACGAGGGCUUCACAUGAAUCGAUUGCCUGUGCAAAUUCAACAGAGCAUCAGGAUUCAAUUAUAGAAGACAUGGUCGUUGACGAAUUGACUGAAGCGAGCUGUAUUGAACAAAAUAUCUUCUCUGGAACUACAGCAGAGAAUGAGUCCUCUGCUAAUUCAAAAGCUCUGGAAGAGGCAAAUCAUUCAGAGCAGACCGAAGAGAGUUCUAUGGAGGAAAGAUCACCGAUGGUUGAAGCAGUUACGUUGAGUGGAAUAUUGUCGUCGCAAGAUGUUGAUUAUGAUGAGCAAAGUAAUUCUUCAGAACUAAGUUCAGACGAAAUUAUAAAUACUAGUCCAAACUCUAAUGAACAAGCAAACCAAUCAGUUAUUUCUGUAUUGAAUCAGGCAGAUGUCUGGGCGGAUCAAUUAUUUGACCUUUUUCAAAAAAUGAAAAUCAACUUUUCGGAAACCUGUCAGAUCGCUCAUGAAUUGCACGAAUCAUUAGUUCAGUCUCAAAAAGUGAUCGAAUGUAUGGCAAAUGCAUCAGAAAAUUUGCGAGCAUUGAAGAAGGGCAAAGUCGCUGUAGUGACGUCUAAAGACGUUACGGCGGAAGUUCAACAAACAGCUGAAGUAAAUCAAGUUGAGAGGAAAGAGGAAGAAAGCCCUGAUGUAAAUAUGGAGGAAGACAAAAAGGAAGAUAACGAUGUGGACUCUAAAAGUAGCGAAAAUUAUGACGAUAGGGGUGGAGAUACCAAAGAUGUGAAACAUCAGGAUGGGGAUAAUAAGGUUCCGAAAACGACUCGUGGCCACAUUCGGUCCUUUGUAUUACCUCCGGAAUACGAUCCACAUGAUACUAAAUGGACACUAAAGUACCGUGAGAAUGAUCCGCAACUUAACCUCGUUGAACUUGUCUCUGGAAGCAAUGUAUUUAUCAACUCUAUAAAACUAGCGCAUUGUAUGCGAUCUGCAAGAGACAGUAAAGCGUUAGCUCGAAAGUUAUUAGAGGAAAUUUUUACUCCGAGCGCGUUGAGUGUUUGUUCACUAACAGGCGUUAGAGCUAACGCUUUUGAUAUAAGCGGCGAGAAUGUCAGGCCUGGGUUAGAUGCGAAUGCAAGAAUGGCUAUAUUAACGUUCGUCGAAAAGCAUGCUCUGAAAAAAAAGUGGGGUGCAUUUGACUCGCAGAGUGUCAUUAAUACCUUACGCAGCAAAAUUCAGGAUAUAAGAGCUAAACAUGCUAAAACAUCGUGA